AUGGCUGACGGGACAUUUGUGACUUCCGGUUCAGUGCUUCUUGCUUUGCGCGUGCUGGGAUUUGGGUGCUUGGAGCAGGUGGCCAACGGUGCGCCCAGGCAGGAUGAGGGUUCCAACCAGUCCUUCUACACCUACGGGCCACCUGGAACGCCUCACAGCGACUUCGUAAGGAUUGUCUCCUCCAAGCUGCCCUACCAUGCACGCCCAGAUCGACCAUCGCGCACGGUCAACGACUGGAUCGCUGCGACCGACUCCGUCCCCGAGGUGCUAGCCUUGGUCGGCAAGCAUGGGGCGGAGUUUGACAGCACCAACACGGCAACGGCCAUGCACCGCCUCGCAAAAUGGCACCGCGAGAGGCCAGAUCCGAGGCUUUUCCAGGACCGGCGCUGGGAGGAGACCCUGGGCCACUUGGAGCGGAACCUCCAGGGCUUCCAGACUCGGCACCUGACCAGCUCAUUGUGGUCCCUGGCAACCCUGGGCAGGCGAGCUCGGGGGCCACACCUCAACAAGGUCAUGGAGGAGGUGCAAGAACGCCUGGAUGAGUUCACCUGCAUUGACCUUGCCUUGACAGCGUGGUCAAUAGCGACGAUGAGGAUGGAGCCGCCAGGACUCUAUGACCGGAUCAGCAAGUUGUCUUUGGCAUGCAUCGCUGAGUUCCAGCCGCAGGCCUUGGCCAACAUCAUGUGGGCAACGGCAACGUUGAAGAAGGAGAACGACGCGUUGAUCCGACAUGCAGCAUACACCGCAGCGAAGCUGUUGGACGCUGGGUGCGACUUCCGACCGCACGAGUACUCCACCAUGGUGUGGUCCAUGGUAAUCACGCAGGCAAAAGAGGAGUGCCUCUUCAGCCGUGUGUCAGGUCACGUGAUCCGCCGCGUGUCGGAGUUUGGACCACAGGAGCUGACGAACUGUGCCUGGGCCUUCGCCUCAAUUGGCAUUCGGACCGAGGGCCUCUUCGAAGCCUUGGGCAAGGAGUGUCAUGCCAAGUUGCACCACUUCAACAUGCAGAACCUCACCAACGUGGCCUGGUCCUAUUCGCACCUUCGCGUGGGAAGCGAGGAGCUCCUGGCAGAUGUGGCGCGAAUGUGCCACGCCCGGAUCGGGGACAUGAAUGUUCAGGACUUGGCUCAGCUUGCUUUAACGCUGGUCUUCACCCGCAGGGCCAAUCACGGCCUUGAGGACUGCGAUUGGGAGACGGCCGGUGUGAUGGGCACCCGGGAGCUCACCAUGGCCUUGGUGGUCGAGGUCACCAAGGCGAUGGUGCAGAAGAUCCGGCAGCGGGGUGCCACGACCCCCGACGACGCUUGGAUCGUGCAUGACCUCGUUCUGGUUUGGAUGGAGGAGAAGAAGGCGAAGGAACUUAUCGCUGAUGCCUGGAAGAUGCUGGACGGGUACAUGGACCGCGCCUUCCCCUGCCGAGAUUUGUACCAUCAAGUCUUGGACUUCUUGCGGACUACACCGCUGCUAGCACGGGCCCUCGCCUGUGGUUCAGUGGUGCAGUCUGCCCAUGUGCCCAUCUAUGAGCAGUCCUUUCGCGAGCUGGACAUUAGGUCCCUUGGCAUCAAGUACACCGGCCUCCUGUUGGCAGAGCUGGGUCUCACAGACAGGCUGGAGGAUGGCCUCACGGAGUCCUCCCGGCGCCUGCUGGCCGCGGAGCGUGCGCAGCUCCUGCGCCAGGACCCUGGCGCAGGUAGUCAGAACUGGUGCCUGUUCCGCUACCAUCUCCACUCCGAGCUGCGAGAAGUUCGGGAAAUGGAAGGCAUCCGUGUGAGGAGCUGCGGGGGCGAUCCCAUGGCCCUGGCACUCUUGGAUCCCCCUCGGGAGGCCCACUUGGUGGCGGUUCGCCUCAGCAAUGACCGCUUGAACCACCGCCGCCGUGAUGCUGAGUUCCGUGCGCUAGCGCACGUGGCAGGGGUGUUGCGGUCACUUAUCCCCGAUGCUGACAAGCUCAUGCAGGUGCCCGCUCCCGACCCAUGUAGGGACAUGAGUGCUGCCGCUUUUGUGGCCGGAUCGGCAUUGCAGCCCUUCACGAGCAUCGAGCCGCGGACGAGGUUGGAUCACAGGCUCCCCAAGUUCAAGGGCCUAGUGAUGCCACGCGUGAGCAGCAUCCCCCGAAGGAUGCAGCUCUAG